AUGCCGCCAGCUGCAUCGUCUACAAAGAAGUCACCGUCGUUGAAGCAGUUGACUACAAGGUUGAAAGAUACGCAGGCUUCGCUGCUUGAUAUCUGGAAUUUUAUCAAGGAUUUUAAGGAAGAUUCAACGGUAUCCCAGGUGAAUGUGCGACUGGAGAAGUUAGAUGAGUUAUGGGAGAAAUUUAGUGAGACGUUGGUGGAGAUCAAAUCCCAUGACGAUUUCACUGCGGAGGAGGAGGCAUAUGGCAAGGAAAGGCGAGAGUUCAACAACCGGUAUUAUGAAGCCAAAUCCUUUCUGAUGGACAAGGUUAAGGAGAGGGAAGAGUGCCCAUCAUUGGAACAGUCUACGCGAGGAUUUGAUACAUCGGUGCAUGGUGCGUUGGACCACGUGCGCCUGCCUCAAAUAAGGCUGCAGAGUUUUAAUGGGGACAUCGAUGAUUGGUUGAGCUUUCGAGAUCUAUUCACCUCCCUCAUUCAUUGGAAGGCCGAUCUUCCGGAGGUGGAGAAGUUCCACUAUUUAAAAGGAUGUCUUCAAGGGGAGCCUAAGAACUUGAUCGACCCUUUGAAGAUAACCAAGGCGAACUACCAAGUAGCAUGGGAAAUGCUGCUCAAACGCUACAAUAACAGCAAACAGCUGAAAAAGCGGCAAGUUCAAUCGUUGUUAGCGUUACCUACGCUCUCCAAGGAAUCCGUCGGAGAAUUACAUGCACUUUUGGAAGGUUUCGAGCGUGUUGUACAAACACUUGACCAGGUGAUCCAGCCAGCUGACUACAAGGACCUUUUGCUGGUAAACAUCCUUACAGCACGUCUCGAUCCGGUGACUCGAAGAGGAUGGGAGGAGUUUUCGGCGGCUAAUGAGCAGGAUAUCUUAGCAGACCUUACCGACUUUCUUCAUCGACGCGUUCGUGUUUUGGAGUCGCUUCCAUCAAAGCCCAUGGACACUAGGGGUGUCCAGCAGCCUAAUCAACUUCCAAAACCGAAGCCGCCGCAAUUACGUGUCAGUUCCAAUACAGCUCAAACGUCUGUGGGACGCUGUGCGGCCUGCUCAUCCAAUCAUCCGCUCUUCCAGUGUAGUACGUUCCAACGAUUGUCGGUGUCAGAUAGAGACGCCAUAUUGAAGACUCACUCUCUUUGUCGGAACUGUUUCCGGACAGGCCAUCAAGCCAAGGAUUGCCAAUCGAAGUACUCGUGCCGGAACUGUAAGGGACGUCAUCAUACCUUGGUCUGCUUCAAAUCAGGAAGAGAAAGGGAUACGAAUGGGUCAACGGACAAUUCGUCAUCCAGUAAGGAACCGUCUAUUUCAACUUCCUCCCAAGUGGCUAACAUGGCAGCCACCAACAUUUCAACAUGUAAUGCUGCGCACGGAUCUUCCUCCCAGGUCCUACUGGCUACUGCGGUCGUCAUGGUGGAAGACGAUGAAGGCAACCAGUAUCCAGCACGUGCUCUUUUAGACUCGGGGUCUGAGAGCAACUUUAUCACGGAACGAUUGUGUCAGCGUUUGAAGGUGACUCGAGAUAAGGUGGACAUCUCGGUUCUUGGCAUUGGUCAAGCGGCAACAAGGGUCAAGCACAGGAUUCGAGCUAUGGUACGUUCGCGGAUUUCCAAGUUCUCGCGAGAUUUGGGAUUUUUGGUACUCCCCAAGGUUACGGUUAACCUUCCCACAUCAACAAUCAAAAUUGAUGCAUGGUCAAUUCCAAAUGGGAUCGAACUGGCCGAUCCCACCUUUUUCGAAUCCAAAGGGGUGGAUAUGGUUCUCGGAAUCGAGAACUUCUUCGAUUUCUUCGAGACUGGAAGGCGGAUCUCGCUGGGAGAACAGCAACCAACACUAAAUCACUCAGUGUUCGGUUGGGUUGUUUGCGGUGGUGUGUUUAGUACGCGGGAUUCACUUCACAUUAACUGCAACGUAGCUUCAACUGAAGGUUUAGACGCAUUGAUGGAACGCUUUUGGGCCAGCGAGGAUAUCGGAUCCAGCAAGGCUUAUUCCCUGGAGGAAAAUCGUUGUGAGGAGCUGUUUCAGCAAACCGUUCGGCGCGAAGAAGAUGGUCGGUACACAGUCGCACUUCCCAAAAAUGAAGACGUCCUUCUCCGGCUAGGCGAGUCAAGGGACAUCGCCUUCCGACGCCUUCAGGGAACGGAACGCAGGUUGGCAAGGGAUGCCAAGUUGCGUGAGCAGUAUAACGCUUUUAUGGAGGAAUAUCUUCGGUUGGGCCACAUGCGGAAGGUCGAGCAAGCUACUCUAAGCUCGGUGCAACGGUGCUAUCUUCCGCACCAUCCGGUGGUAAAAGAGGCAAGUACCACCACCAAGGUGCGAGUAGUCUUCGAUGCCUCCUGUAAAACUUCUUCAGGGGUGUCGUUGAAUGAUGUGUUGCUGGUUGGGCCAGUAAUACAAGACGACUUACGGUCCAUAGUCCUGCGGUGUCGAACUCGACAAAUAAUGCUGGUUUCCGAUGUUGAGAAAAUGUUCCGCCAGAUCAACCUCAGUCCGGAAGAUAGACCGCUUCAGUGCAUCUUAUGGCGUGCAGCUCCAGGAGAGGAGGUUGAGGUUUACGAGUUGAAUACCGUCACGUAUGGAACCAAGCCAGCGCCGUUUCUAGCCACCAGAACGCUGAAACAGUUGGCAACGGAGGAGGAAGGACGAUUUCCACUUGCAGCAAGGGCUGCUAACGAGGAUACGUACAUGGACGAUGUCAUCACAGGAUCAGACGACGUUGAAACGGCGCUGGAAAUGCGAUUUCAACUGGACAAGAUGAUGUCGAGGGGAGGUUUCAAACUAAGAAAAUGGGCUUCCAAUUCCUCCAAGGUGCUGGACGAUAUCUCACCCGAAGAUUUGGCGAUUAGAGAUUCCGAGGAGGUUUCUCUGGAUCCGACGGCUUCCGUAAAAACUCUAGGCCUAACAUGGCUGCCAAAACCCGAUGUACUAAGGUUCCAAUUCAACAUUCCGGAGUUGGAAGAGGAUUCCAAGCUUUCGAAGCGUCAGAUCUUGUCAGUUAUUGCUACAUUAUUUGACCCAUUGGGGUUGCUAGGAGCAGCUAUCACUACGGCAAAAAUAUUUAUGCAGCGUCUGUGGACACUUCAAGAUGAAAAUGGUGGAAAACUGGAAUGGGAUCAGCCACUACCUUCCAUGGUGGGUGAGGUUUGGAAGAAGUACCAUGCUCAACUACCGUUAUUCAACACGAUUAGUAUCGAACGCUGCGUGAUCAUACCAGGAGCAAUAUCGGUUGAAAUACACUGCUUUUCUGACGCUUCAGAGAAGGCUUUUGGAGCAUGCCUGUAUCUGCGGAGCCAGAACUCAAGGAAAGAAGUUUUGGUACGACUUCUCACCUCAAAAUCGAAGGUUUCCCCGCUCAAAUGCCAAACUAUCCCACGGCUAGAGCUUUGCGGUGCACUCUUAGCAGCUCAGCUUUACGAAAAGGUCCAAGAUUCAAUCAAAAUGAAGCUAAAAAGCUACUUCUGGACGGAUUCCACGUGUGUACUACGUUGGCUUCGAGCCACUCCAACAACAUGGGUCACCUACGUUGCCAAUCGUGUGGCAAAAAUACAAACCAUCACCGAAGGAUGCUUCUGGGGACACGUGCCUGGAGUCGAAAAUCCAGCAGACCUAAUUUCCAGGGGAAUAUCACCAGAAGACAUCUUGGAAAAUAGUUUCUGGUGGAAUGGACCGAAUUGGUUGAAAGCGGACCCGACGAGAUAUCCAAAACAACCGGAGAACUCAGCCGAAAUCGGAGAAGAAGAAAGACGACACACUAUCGUGGCGAAUUCUGCUACAUCACUGGCCGCGUUCAACGAGGACUACUUUAAACGGUUUGCAUCUUACACCGACGUGAUUCGCCGGACUGCGUAUUGGCUGCGGUUGAUUAAGCUUCUUCGUAAACCCAGGCACGAGCGAAGGGAUGGUUCCUUCCUCUCUACCGCUGAACUUCGAGAAGCAGAAUACACGCUAAUCAGACUAGUACAAGAGGAAAUGUUCGCCGAAGAGUGGAAGGCGUUGCGGAAAGGCCAGCAUAUGCCAGCAAAAUCUCCGUUACGAUGGUAUAACCCAUAUUUAUCCAAGGACGGAAUUAUCAGAGUAGGUGGUCGAAUCAGCAAAUCUGAAGAAGCUGACGAUGCCAAACAUCCAAUUCCUUUACCCGCUCGUCAUGUUUUCACUCGUAUGCUAUUGAAGCAUUACCACGAGCGCCUUCUACACGCAGGUCCACAACUUCUAUUGGGUACGGUAAGGUUGCGUUAUUGGCCUUUAGGAGGGAGAGAUGUCGUUAGACAGAUCGUCCACAAAUGUCUACGAUGUUUUCGUGCUAAGCCAACCAGAAUUCAGCAACUCAUGGGGGAGCUGCCAGCAUCCAGAGUUACAGUAUCACGUCCAUUCUCCCGAGCUGGCGUCGAUUAUUUCGGUCCAGUUUAUCUUCGACCAGCACCGCGACGGCCCGCUGUGAAAGCCUAUGUCGCGCUUUUCAUUUGCCUGUGUACCAAGGCCGUUCAUCUAGAGCUUGUUUCGGAUUUGUCGACUGAUCGGUUCCUUCAAGCUCUACGUCGAUUUGUCGCGAGACGAGGGAAAUGUACUGACAUAUUUUCGGAUAACGGCACUAACUUCGUCGGGGCUAGGAAUAAACUGCGAGAGUUCCUUAUGCUAUUAAAGGACAAAACCCAUCGAGAAGCGGUGUCUACGGCUUGUGCUACAGAAGGCAUUCAAUGGCAUUUUUCACCACCUAGCGCCCCACAUUUCGGAGGCAUCUGGGAGGCAGCAGUUCGAUCUGCUAAAAAACACCUACUGAAGGUCAUCGGAGAAAAUCCGGUAUCACCGGAAGAUUUUACAACACUACUCGUGCAGGUGGAAGGAUGCCUCAAUUCCCGACCGCUAACGUCCAUGUCAGAAGAUCCCAAUGAUCUAGAACCGUUGACGCCAUCGCACUUCCUUGUCGGAGCCUCGCUUCAAGCCCUUCCUGAACCCAAUCUUGAAAAUGUUCAGCUCAACCGUCUGAAUAAAUGGCAGUUAAUGCAACGUAAGCUUCAAGAUUUUUGGCGCAGAUGGCGCCGGGAAUAUCUGUGCCAACUCCAAGCUAGGACCAAACGCUGGAAACCACCAGUUCAAAUCGAGGUGGGCAAGCUGGUCGUGAUCCAAGACGACAAUCUGCCUCCAAUGCGAUGGAGAAUGGGAAGGAUACACAAACUCCAUCCUGGCGAUGAUCAGGUAGUACGCGUCGUUACCGUCAAAACAGCUGGUGGAAUGCUAACACGUCCUAUAGAAAAAUUAUGCAUUCUACCGCUACCAGACUCCGAUGAUGACGUCGAAGCAGAGGACAACCCAUCCAACAGUCUGGUGUAA